AUGGCGGCUCGUCAGCCUCCGGUCAUUUGGGCACAACGAGAAUCAUUUUUGUACGUUACGAUUGAAGUCGAUGAUGUUACUAUUGAUGAUCUCAGUGCCGAUGAUAAUAAAAUGCAUUUCAAGGGAACCAGCCAUACCGAAGUUUAUGAAACAACUUUGGAAUUCUUCGCUGAAAUUAAAGGAAGUGAAAUGAAACGCACCCCUACGAAUACCCGAGUUAUUGAGUUGAAUAUUCCCAAAAAGGAAGCUAAGUGGUGGCCACGACUACUGAAGGAGACAGGAAAGGUUUGUACAGCUCCGUCUUUUUUCUAUUUUUAA